CUCCUACUUGGACGGACAUCCCGCCCUCCAGCUGUUCCCUGGUUGAGGCGGGGCGGAAGCGAUGGCGGCUGUGACCGAUGUGCAGCGGCUGCAGGCCCGCGUAGAGGAAUUGGAGCGCUGGGUGUACGGACCGGGUGGGGCACGCGGCUCGCGGAAGGUGGCUGAUGGCCUGGUCAAGGUGCAGGUAGCUUUGGGGAACAUUGCCAGUAAGAGAGAGAGAGUGAAGAUUCUGUACAAAAAGAUUGAAGACCUGAUCAAAUACCUGGAUCCUGAGUACAUUGACCGCAUUGCCAUACCUGAUGCCUCUAAGCUGCAGUUCAUCUUAGCAGAGGAGCAGUUUGUCCUCUCCCAGGUUGCACUUCUGGAGCAGGUGGAGGCUUUGGUGCCCAUGCUGGACAGCGCUCAGAUCAAAGCCGUUCCUGAGCACGCCGCCUGCCUGCAGCGCUUGGCCCAGAUCCACAUCCAGCAGCAGGUAUGGGGGGGAGAGAACCGGCAGGUGUGGGCAGUGAGAGUCGAGGCAACAGCCAGCAGGAUGGAGCACUACCGGAAAGCUGGCUCUGUGGAACUCCCGGCGCCGUCCCCGAUGCCCCAGCUUCCUCCUGAUACCCUGGAGAUGCGGGUCCGAGAUGGCAGCAAAAUCCGCAACCUGCUGGGGCUGGUGCUGGGUCGUUUGGAGGGCGGCGGCACGAGACACGUGGUGUUCUCAGGUUCCGGCCGGGCUGCGGGGAAGGCUGUCAGCUGUGCUGAGAUCGUCAAGCGGCGGGUCCCAGGCCUGCACCAGCUUACCAAGCUGCGCUUCCUGCAGACUGAGGACAGCUGGGUACCAACCUCCCCGGACACAGGCCUAGAUCCCCUCACAGUGCGCCGACAUGUGCCUGCAGUGUGGGUACUGCUGAGCCGGGACCCCCUGGACCCCAAUGAAUGUGGCUACCAGCCCCCAGGGGCGCCCCCUGGCCUGGGCCCCACACCUAGCUCCAGCUGUGGCCCCCGACCCCGCAGAAGGGCUCGAGACACGCGGUCCUGAAGACCGGCUGAGCAAGCUAUUCUCCAAGCCCGACCGUCUGACAAGCCUCUAACUGCUCAGCAUCCCCAACAAGACUUGAAUCCACAGAGUGGGCCUCCCUGUUCUGAUUCCCCUUCCCUCUGGCAUAUAAAAGGGGCUGCUACAAAGAGUGACAGGUGUGGGGUCUCAGCUGGCUUACUCUGCCUUCCAUACAGUGCCUCUGAUCUGCCUUCAGACAGAGGUCCAGGGAGUGGGUUAGGAAAUAAAGGUUUUGCCGUUUGUCUGUC